UCGAAACCGGUUUGUAAUACGGGUUCACGUAAUCUAGUUGUCUGACAGCUAUAUAGCCGUGAUGAUACCUCCUAGCCAAAAUUUUCACAGAUCUGUUGGUGUAUGGUUUGUUGGGUUUCUUCAGUAUCAAACAGCAUACCAUAUCCAGAAAUACUUGGCUAACCUCCAUAGUAUCUCUAAUAGCUUAAAGGAAGAGCAGUUGAACGAUGGAACAAUACUUAUGGUGGAACAUGCACCAGUUUAUACAACCGGUAUAAGAACAUCAAAUGAUGUUGAAUCAGAAGAAAAAAGGUUGAAGGCUCUAGGUGCUGAAUUUUAUAAAACCAAUCGGGGAGGGCUAACAACAUUCCAUGGACCUGGUCAACUUGUUGUUUACCCUGUACUGAACCUAAAACAUUUCAAUAAGAGCAUGAAGUGGUAUGUUUGCAAGUUGGAAGAAACCAUUAUACAACUGUGUAAGUCAUUUGGUGUAGAAGCUGGUCGAUCUUCAAACACUGGGGUAUGGGUCAAAAAUGAAAAAUUGUGUGCCAUUGGAGUACAUGGCAGCCGGUAUAUCACCACACAUGGCCUUGCAUUGAAUGUCAAUACUGACCUUUCAUGGUUUUCGCAUAUAGUGCCUUGUGGGAUACCUGACAAAGGAGUCACAUCACUCUCCCAAGUAUCUGGAAAGCAAUUAACAAUUGCCAAUGUGAUUAAUCCUUUCCUGGAAUCAUUUUCACAUGAAUUUGAUUGUCAAAUUAAAAUGCUACCUUUUGAAGUUCGUGAAAACAUAGUUAAUCAUCUUAAAAACGAAAGGUUAAUCAACGGUGCAACAGAAGACCAGUUGUUGGAAAAUAAAUCUUUUAUUGCAAACCAGUUGUAGAACGAGAAAAAAACAUAAGGGGAACUAAGAAACUAGAAAAUUCACUGAAUACAAAAAUUAUGAGCUUUGA